AUGAUGUCAACAACGAUUCCAACAAUAUUCUCAACUGAUGAACAUAUAUCACUUAAUCCAUCUAAUAAUACAAUGAUAUGUGCAGAACAAUUAAUUGGUGAACUACUUGAAGGUCCAUCUGGUCGAAUUAUAUGGGGUGUUAUACAAAUCAUUUUAAUGGCAUUAGGCGAUAUUGGAAAUAUUUUAACAUUAAUUGUUCUUAAUCGUCGUUUGAUGCGUAAAGGUGGUAUUAACAAUCUUUUACAAGGUCUUGCUAUAAGUGAUAUCGUUGCUCCAACUCUUGCUUGUAUUCCACAUAUUAUCUAUUAUUAUGGUCCACGAACAAAUGAUAGUGCAAUAAAUUUUAUUAAUUUAUAUGUUAUGCCUUUAGCAACAGGUGCAACAUUUUGUUCUAAUUGGAUCGUUGUAACAAUAACAAGUUUUCGUUUAACAAUUGUUCUUAAACCACUUUAUUCUCAACUUUAUUGUUCAAGUCGUAAUGAAAAAAAAGUUUUAAUUAUCAUAUUUUUCUUUAGUAUUCUAUCAAUUACGCCUUAUUAUUACUAUCAAUCUCAUGCAGAUGCACUUAAUGUUUUAAAAGUUAUAUCAGCUAUUUUAUCCUUAUUAGUUCCUUGGGUAAUAUGUGUUAUUCUUUGGAUAUUAUUAUUACGUAUUGUAAAUCGUGAAAUCGGCUCAAAAAAAUCCCGAGAAUUUAUCUUACAUUCAGAAAUAAUAACACAACGUUUAAAAUCAAAAUCUCGUAUAACCAAAAUGAUCUUAAUUAUAUGUUUCUGUAAUAUCAUAUGUCAAUUACCUGUAUUAAUAUUAACUAUAUUAGGUCUUAUUAAUGAUAAUCCAUGUGGUUAUAUAUCUGCAAUAUUUUUUGUUUGUCUCCUUUUUCUAUCAAAUUUAUUAUUAAUUGUAAAUCAUUCAAUAAAUUUCUUUAUUUAUUCAUUAACAAAUACAAAAUUUCGUUGUGCAUUAAAAAUUAUGUGUCGUUAUUGUUAUUCAUAUUAUAAUCAUAGAAUAAUUCAACGACAAAUGACAUUAGCAACAAAAUGUGAUGAUCAACAACGAAAAGGUUUUCAUCAGAAAAAAUUAGAUUUAUAUAUACGUUCAAAUUCAAAAAGUAAUGAUAGUCCACCUAUAAUCAUUACGAUGCGUUUAUUAAAUAAUAUAUCAAAACAAAAUCGAAAGAAAUCAGGACCUGUUGCUGUGUAA